AUGAGAUACAUGCACUCUACCAAGAAAUGGCAUCUCACGCUGAGCGCUGACAACCUUUGUGUAAUGAAGUGGUAUGUUGAUGCAUCUUUUGCGGUUCACCCUGACUUCAAGAGUCAUACAGGAGGAGUGAUGACCAUGGGUGGCGGAGCUAUGCAGGCUAUGUCCAAGAAACAGAAGCUAAACAGCCGCAGCAGUACACAUGCGGAACUAAUCGGAGUAGAUGAUGCGAUCACACAAGUGUUGUGGACACGCAUGUUCAUGGAAGAACAGGGUGAUCCGAUUGAGAAGAAUAUCUUGUACCAAGACAAUAUGAGCUCUAUUCUCCUCGAAAGAACGGGAGAUCGAGUCCAGGAAAGAGAAGCCGCACAUUGA